CUUAUUAUGAAAAGAAUUUAUGCCAUAACUUAAAUAAAAAAAGCUUUCUCCUUUGUGAAUUCAGAAAUUUCUUCAGACGUAUACAAUCACUGGCAGACACCAAUAAUGUCUCAGCAAGAUGCACAUAUGACUAAUAACGAAGCAGAUGAUGUGCCCAUAACAGUGAGCAAUGGGAAAGAAAAUGAUGAAAGGAAGGAUCGGGAAGGGUCUGCCUCACCACCGGCGACACCACCUCCGGCCGACGAGGAUACUAACGAGAUAAUUUUAGUCAACGAGGAGACCAAGGAACUCGACUUAAAUCACGGCCGUAUAGGCAAGAUCGAGAAUCUUGAACAUUUAAAAAAGCUAGAGAGGUUAUAUUUGAGAUGGAAUUUGAUAAAGAAAAUUGAAGGCUUAGAAAUGUUGCAGUCACUGGUAGAACUGGAAUUGUAUGACAAUCAGAUUGUUGUUAUUGAAAACCUUGAUAGUCUUGUUAAUUUGGAAAUAUUAGACCUAUCAUUCAAUAGGAUAAAAGAGAUAACAGGACUCGAAAAGCUGCUGAACAUCAAGAAAUUAUUCCUCAGCUCAAACAAGAUCACUGAAAUCAAGAAUGUUAAUCAUUUACCAAACCUUGAACUUUUGGAGCUGGGCGAUAAUAGAAUUAGAGAAAUAAAAAACUUGGAAGGUUUGAGGACCCUCAAACAAUUAUAUUUGGGUAAAAAUAAAAUAAGCAAAAUACAAAACCUUGAGGAUUUGACCAACUUGGAGAUACUGGUUCUUCAGGCAAACAGAUUAACUAAAAUUGAAAAUCUCGAACAAUUGAAUAAACUAGAUCAACUCUAUAUCUCAGAGAAUGGUAUAACAGCUAUAGAAAAUUUGGAGAAUCAAACAAAACUUCAGACCUUGGAUCUGGCCGUGAACAGGAUCACUGUUAUAGAAAAUGUUCGGCAUAUGAGUGAUUUGGAGGAGCUAUGGUUAAACGACAAUCAAAUAACAGAAUGGUCAUCGAUAGAAUAUUUGCAACAAAACAACAAAUUAUCCACAAUAUAUUUGGAGAGGAACCCGAUAGCUUCAGAUCCAGCUUACAGAAGGAAAUUGAAGAUAUUGCUUCCAACACUACACCAGAUCGACGCGACACUGUGUAGAUAAGAAUUUUAUUUCUUGGUAUUGGGAUGAGAGACGAUGCGGUAAAAGAAAUAUUAGUCUACUGUUUGUGAUCACUCAUUUGUUCCGUGGAGUCUGUUAAUGUAGAAUUGUUCUUCUUUGAAUUCAUUGACUUCUAAGAUGUGGAUUAUUAUCCAAUUAGAAGUCUUCUAUAAAUCACUUUAUUUUUUUAACAGUACUGCAUUUCAGGCUAUGUAUUAAGUAACAUAGCCUUGCAAUGUAAUACAAUGAAAUAAUUUAAUACAAUGUGUCUUUUAUAUUAAAAUAUAUUGUCUCAGAGGAAUUAAAAUCACUUCGUCUCUUGUCUCUUGUAGUGUAUAUAUAUUUGCACAUGUAAUUUAGUUGGAAUUGUUGAAUUUGAGUUGGAUAAAUGUGCGAUUUUGUGUACUGCUUCAGUGUCAUAGUGGCAGCAUUCUCCGUUUUUGUAUGUUAUAUUAAAAUUAUCUAAAUAAAACAGAGUAAUUUAGUGUAGUUGUCUAAUUGAAAUAUUUAUUGGUAUGAGUCUAUAUCGACGCUUGAAAGGCAAACGUGACUAAGCGACAAUGCGUGAACUU